CAUUGGCCAGCCCUCUGCUAUGCGUAAGUGCAUCAUCGCCGACGUGGAGCACGCUGCUCCCUCCGACGGGUCCCUGGCGGCCCACAUUUUGCGCAGCUUCCCUAUCGCUCCUGUCUGUCUUAUCCAGCCGUGCUUAUUAGGCUGCCGCCAACCCUCGUUCCCUUCCUGCAUCCACACCCUCGCACUUGCUGCGAACCACCAUCGAUGGGAGAUCCCUCUGAUAGUUUUCUAGACCGUAUCAACUCUUGGGCAAAAGCGCAUGCCUCAAACCGCCUGCCCGCCGACGCUCAGCGCUCCAUCCUACCCUUGAGCCACCAACCCAGCAAUGGCAGCUCCGACCCGUCGGCUCUUUCCACAAUCACCAGUCAGCCUCCGCGCUCCAGCAGACACGGCAGCUCCAGCGGCGCCACCGUCAGAAACAAUGUCGCCGACACCACUUCCUCAAAUCCGCCCCCGCCAGCUCCGCCUCCCGAUAAUACCACAGCUGAUGGAGCGGCGCCUGCCUCCCUGAAUCCGCAGGAGAAACGUCCUAUGACUACUCGCGCCAAGGAUGGUACCAUCCGCUUCUUCAUACAUUUCAAGGAUGCCUUGUGCUACAGCUGGUUCAACCUGCUGCUAGUCUUCGUCCCUAUCGGCAUUGCUUCAAAACCGGCCGGCUUGUCCUCGGAGAUCAUCUUCGCCAUGAACGCAGUUGCCAUCAUUCCGCUCGCUGGCCUUUUGAGCCACGCCACCGAGAGCGUGGCCUCUAGUCUCGGUGACACGCUUGGAGCUUUGCUCAACGUCUCGUUCGGCAAUGCAGUCGAGUUGAUUCUGUUCAUCAUCCUGCUUGCCAAGGACGAGAUCCGCGUCGUCCAGGCCUCACUUUUGGGAUCGAUUCUUGCAAACCUGCUUCUCAUUCUGGGCAUGGCCUUCCUCUUUGGUGGCCUGCGUUUCCAGGAACAGGUUUACAACAGCACGGUCACUCAGAUGAGCGCUUGUUUGGUCAGUUUGGCUGUCAUGAGUCUUCUCUUGCCGACGGCCUUCCACGCUUCAUUCUCUAGCUACGACAAUGCCGACGACGAGACCCUCAAAGUCAGCCGUGGUACCAGCGUGGUGCUGCUCCUGGUAUACGUCUUGUACCUGCUUUUCCAGCUGAAGUCUCACGCGUACCUCUACGAAAGCACGCCCCAGCACAUCAUUGAUGAGGAGUCUCACCCUGGUGUCCUGGCAGACAUUCUCAACUCCAGUUCCUCCGAGUCGUCCAGUGACUCCAGCAGCACGGAUUCCGACGGCUCCUCUGGCUCCAACACGACCGCAAAGAGGAUCAAGCGUGCCUUCCGGAAUCGCAGGCGCAGAAAGUCCAGCGUUAGCUCCAAGGACACGCCGUCCAUUCCGUCGGUCGUGAGCUCUCCCGACGGCGAACACCGCAGGGUCUACUUCGAAAAUCAAGCCCACGCCCAGAACGACAAGUCUUCUCGCCGCGGCUCUGUCCUGGGCCCGAUCUUCAGCGGAGAUGAGGCCGAUGCCGACGACGAGGCCGCCAGGCCUGACGCUCAACCUCGGGUCCGCGAUUUCGAGACCGGAUCGUCCAGUUCGCCCCCGCAUGAGAAGCGGAAAAAGAAGCACCACAAGAGAAAGCACUCCAAACACGCAAACAACGAACCCGAGUUCAACGAGAAGUCUUCACUCCAGAAAAUCCCAUCUGCGUCUGGAAACCCAGUUGACAACCGUCCUCGGGUUGGUUUCGCCGAAGACCCUGUCUCUUCGAUGGUUGAGCCGCCCGUCUCGCCGAACUCGAAGCGCCCCUUCAACCUCCGCCAGUUCUCGACCCGCCCGAACAUACCCAUGCCUUCGCUUCUUGCCAACAACGUCUUUUCGAAUCCGCCAUCAUCUGGCUCGCCCAACCCUGCCCUGGCGAAGGGUAGUGCUGGUGGCAGCCUGCGCCGUACUGCUUCUCUGCCGGACAGACUUAACCGACCGUCUUCUGCGGUCACUUCAACUGCUCCCGUGGCUCCUAGCAGCCAGCAGGUCAAUGCUCAAACCGAACCGGCAGAAGAGCUUGAAGCGCCCGAAAUGUCGCGCACUUCUGCCAUUGUCAUGCUUCUCAUCACGACUGGUCUGGUGGCCGUUUGCGCCGAUUUCAUGUCGGACGCCAUUGAGCCCAUGGUCGAGACUACGGGCAUCAGUCAAGCGUUCAUCGGUCUGAUCAUCCUGCCCAUUGUCGGUAACGCGGCGGAGCACGUUACGGCCGUUACUGUGGCGGCGAAGAACAAGAUGGAUCUGGCGAUUGGCGUGGCCGUGGGCAGCAGUAUCCAGAUUGCCAUAUUCGUGACGCCGUUUAUCGUCAUUCUGGGGUGGAUCAUGGGCAAGGAGAUGUCGCUCUACUUCAACCUCUUCGAGACGGUGUCGCUGUUCGUGACGGCGUUUGUGGUCAACUUCCUGGUGCUUGAUGGGCGCAGCAAUUACCUUGAAGGCUCGCUGCUGAUAGCGGCGUACGUGAUUAUAGCUGUCGCGUCCUUCUUCUACCCCGACGGCUGCGACGCCAGCCAGAUUGGUGGCUCGGAAGGGUCGUGCCAGUGAGGAAGACGAGACGAGACGAGGCGAACUAGUCUAGUCUAGUCUAAGCUGCUGGAUAGGCCGGCCGGCUCUGGGAAACCAGCAAUGCGAUGCAAAGCAAACGAUAUCGAUAUACCUAACCUAACUAAUACAAUACCCCCCCUUGACAUGACACGAAGAAUGGAUUUGCAAAUGUCAAUGUCAAUGUCAAUGUCAGAGUUUAUGAGGAGUGGAGUGGAUGGUGUGGAUGGAGUGUGGUGGAGUGCGGUGCGGUGGGAUGGUAGUUGGCAGAUUGCGUUGGUGGGUGGUGGGCGGGGAAGGGAGUAGUGGGCUCGAUGGUUCCGGUUCAAUGGUUGAUAUGGCUGGCGGGCUGGCAGAUUGUUUGCGUCCUUUACACUCUCGCUCUCCUACUCACAAAUAGCAACGUACCUAGGCUACUGCUAUCAGAGAUUUCGUGCUCCUACUCCUAGCCAUGCACAUCAACAUCAACAGUGGUG